CUGUGCCUCCGCAGCGGCAGAGCUGACGCACUAAAACCCAGGCGGAGAGGGAUAAGGGGAGGGCACACGGAGAGAGCGGGCGAGAAACCCCAGUGGCCAUACAGAUGGGGCAGUGUUUAUUUUGACGUGGCAGACUGGAUUUCACUACGGGUUAGUGGCUGCAGUUUAGAACAAGGCACUCCCCCACUGGACUGGAUGUGAGUGUGUAUUUCUCUCUCUCUCUCUCUCUCUCUCUCUGUGUGUGUGUGUGAGGGAGAAGUGCUUCAUUGCAGCAGGAGUCUGCCAUGUACACAGUAGCCAGAAAACCUACCAUAGAUUUGUCUGUGUGGUCUUCCCCACUUCCUUCUCUGUGCGGUUCUGUGGAUGCGCUCGAUGCGGCUCAAGGUGACUCAGGAUUCCCGAGCCAGCCCCAGGGAGCAUCCGGACUGGAUCCCUAGAUCUCCAGGGACAAGUGGGCUGAAGCUUCCUCUCUACCUCCACCUGGAAGUGGAGUUGGACUGCGGAGAGGACCGUAGGAUAGUCGGGAGGAUGUGAGGCCUUGACACAAGCCGUUAUCCACCACCAGACCUACUAGUGUCCAGUCCAGCCCUGUGGGGGGGGCGCAAGGGAAUGGGCCCAGUUUCACUGCAGGUGGAGACUGAACAGGAGCAGAAGCCAGAGGGAGAAAUGGAGUGCUACCAUAGCCUUCUGCAGGCUGGCUCUCAGCUGGAGAACACACUGCAGCAAGUGUCAGUCUCUAUGAGUAUGAAGGAGGUGGACGGCUACAUUGAGAAGCAGGUGGCCUACCUGUCAGGGGGGCGUGGUGAGGACUCUAGCGUGAUCGUCACCCUCCCAGAAUACUCUGCUUUCAGCGACAUUCCGGAGGAAUCUUUAGCCAAGGUCUUAACGUACCUCACCCUCAUACCUCGAGCAAGACAGCCAGGUGUAAAAUUCAUCAUCAUUUUAGACAGAAGACUGGAUACAUGGACCUCUAUCAAAACAGCACUUGCCAGAAUUGCGGCCUCCUUCCCUGGGAACCUCCACCUGGUGCUGGUGCUGAGACCCACCAGCUUCUUCCAGCGCACCGUCACAGACCUGGGCUUCCGUUUCAGCCAGGAGGACUUCAUGCUCAAGAUGCCAGUGGUGAUGCUGAGCUCUGUGACAGACCUACUGAGAUACAUUGAUGAGAACCAACUGACCUCUGAGUUUGGUGGAACCCUGGACUACUGCCACAGUGACUGGAUCGUCCUAAGAACAGCCAUAGAGAGCUUUGCGGUGACAGUUAAGGACAUAGCUCAGAUGCUGCAGGGGUUUGGCACAGAGCUGGCUGAGACCAAACUGCCAGACGAGGGCACCGCCAUCAUGCGCCUCCUCUCAGCCCACACUGACAAGUACAGGAAACUCAAGGAGGCGAUACGGUCAAUAUCAAAGGAGGGUCGUCACCUGCUGGCUAGCCUGGAGGCCUCGGGGAGAGAGGAGGAUUCACUUUGGGAUGUCAGGCUGGACUGGGAGACUGUGCAGAGGCUACUAGCCCAGCUGAGGGGCAUGGAGUCAGCCUUUGACGGCUUCUUUGAGAAGCAUCAUCUAAAACUGCAACAGUACUUACAGCUGCUCAGAUACGAACAUCGCUUCAAGGAGAUGGAGUUGUCUCUGGAGCGUCUGGCGUCCCAGGAGAGGGAGGUGUCGUCGUCAGGGGAGACGCUGACUCAGACAGAGCAGACUCUCAGAGACCUGGACAGCCUGGAGGCUCACGCACAGGAGGAGAUGGGCCAUGCCCAGAUCAUCAUCCUCCAUGGGCACCAGCUGGCAGCCAGUCACCACUAUGCCAUGGCCCUGAUCGUGCAGCGCGGCAACGAGCUACGUCACCGCUGUGACACGCUCAGUAAUGCUCUGAGGGUGAAGCGCACACACCUCUCCCAGGCCCACCGGCUGCUGCUACGCCUCGGCCAGGCCCAGAGUUGGUGUGACGACGGGGCCUACCUGUUGGCCCAGCAGCUGGUGGGUAAGUUCCAGUCUAAGGAGGGGGCCCAGGCUGCUCUGAAGGACAUAGACAGAUUCCUGGAAGGGGCUCCGUCUCUCCUCAGCUCAGGACAUGACCUCCUGGCCGUGGAGUUUGAGUCUGUCCUCACCCCAGAGAUACAGGUCCAGAUAGGGAAGACGUUUGAGAAGCACACGGUGGUGCAGGAGAUGAUCCACAACAGGCAGGUCUGUCUGAGGAAGCUGGCUGAUAAACAUGUCCGUCCCAUCCAACUAGUGGCCCCCAGGGCAGAGAGCCCGCCCCGCUCCAAGUCCCCACUCUUUUCCCCCAAACAUGGUGUCGACAGUUUGAAGUUCUCCUUCGAUCUGUCACUCCCUGGGAAGAGGACGUCCCGGAAAAGCCCCGCCUCCAGAAAGAUCGAGGUGAUGCAUGACUACCAGGAGAAUAGGAGCUCCCUGCGCUCCAGCCUGGAGGGAGAGGACAGCCCAGACCUUCUCAAACGUCAUGUGAUGAGGGAGCUUAUUGAGACAGAGAGGGUCUAUGUGGAGGAGCUGCUGUCAGUGCUGCUGGGUUACAGGGGAGAGAUGGAGAACCCGGCCCUCGCGGGGCUCUUGCCCCCCACCCUGCGCAGUAAGAGGAACGUCCUGUUUGGCAACAUGCCUGAAAUCUACAACUUCCACAGCAGGGUGUUCCUCCAUGACCUGGAGGGCUGCCUAGAGACCCCAGAGGGAGUAGGGGCCUGUUUUCUGGAGCGGGUGAGGAACGUCUACAUGCCCUCAAACUCAUCUCUGGACCUCGAAGCCAGUUCCACUGCAUUUUUUCCAUUGUUCCCCUCUAAUCAGAAGGAGAAUUUCAAGGUGUAUGCGUGCUACUGUCAGAAUAAGCCUCGCUCCGAGUCCCUAUGGAGGCAGUACUCAGACUGUGCCUUUUUCCAGGAGUGUCAGAAGAAGCUGGAACACAAACUGGGCCUGGACUCUUACCUGCUGAAACCAGUACAACGCCUUACCAAGUACCAGCUACUACUGAAGGAGCUACUGAAGUACAGUGCAGGAGGCUGUGAGGGGACCUCCGAGCUACAGGCGGCGCUAGCAGCCAUGCUCCACCUCCUCAAGUCAGUCAACGACUCCAUGCAUCAGAUAGCCAUCACAGGCUACCAGGGAGAGUUGUGUGACCUGGGCCGGGUGCUGAUGCAGGGUUCCUUCAGUGUGUGGAUCAGCCAUAAGAAAGGCCCCACCCGUGUGAAGGAGCUGGCACGCUUCCAGCCCACGCAGAGACACCUGUUCCUGUACGAGAGAGCCCUGCUUUUCUGCAAGCGCAGGGAGGAGCAUGGAGAGGGAGCAGACAAGACCCCCUCCUACAGCUUCAAGCACUGUCUGAAGAUGAGUGCGGUGGGGAUUACAGAGAACGUCAAGGGAGAUGUGAAGAAGUUUGAGAUCUGGUACAGUGGCAGGGAGGAGGUGUACGUCGUUCAGGCUCCCACAGUGGAGGUUAAGACGGCUUGGCUCGGGGAGCUGCGGAGGAUCCUCACCAACCAGCAGAAACUCCUCAAAGAUGAGCGUUGUGUGGACAUCCAGAUGCCAGACCACAUCCGACGGUCUCCGCCCGUGUCUGAGAGCAAACAGCAGAGGGCGUCGUUCAGCUCAGAGGACACAGUCAGGGAGGAGCAGUACAGACCCACAGUCCCUCUCCCCAAAUCACCAGUGCAACCAACACAGCUGGCCCGGCACGCCUCACUCAAUGGCCAUCUGUCUGGGUCUGGAGGAGUGGGGUGGAGGUCAGGUCCCCUCUCACCCGUCAGACACCGAGGAGGAGGACACUGCUCAGCUGGCUUCAGGCAGAUAUAAGGCCUUGGCUGAAUGUCCACGAGACGGCCCAGAUGACCUCGCCAUCGAGAGCGGUGACGUCAUCCAGCUGCAGCACGUGGACAGCGAAGGCCACUGGCUGGUGAAGAACCUGAGUCGCAGGCAGAAGAGCCUCAUCCCAGUCCCCAUCCUGCAUGUGGUUCUGGGACACAGCAGACUAGGCGAUCCAGGGAAUCUGAAGGCCAGAAAGCUCUGCUCCCCUUAGAGGACAAAUGCUGCCUUCAAUGCUUGUGGGAACUGGGAAACUUUACAGAAUGAAGUUGUAACUCUGGAACAAUUCUUCAACCAAUGGCAAGCUAGAGGAUCUAUCUAAUGAUCCAGUUAGCUAGCGUGAUUAAAGUUGACAAGAUGGUAAAACUAUCUACAUUAUACACAUUGAUACAUUUGACAAUGUCAAAAAUGGAUUUGCUUUAACAUCUUUUGGUUGAAAAGGUGAAAGGUCAGUGAUGAAAAGUCACAACUUGGAAACUCUGGUAUCAAACCCUAUCUCUGACUUUCCCACUUGGAAUUCCGACUUGGGAGGGUCAUUCAAGUGGUAAUUUCCCAGUCGGGUAUUUCCCACUACAGAGGAGCAUUUGAAGGCAGCAAUAGAACAACUUUUGUGGGACCUUUGCACAGAUUCACAGUCUGACCAGACGGACUGUUAUACAUUAGACACUGUGAGGUCAUGACUGAUAGAAUAUCUUAAAAUCUGCUUUCUCAAAGUCCUCUGAUUGGCCAUGAUGAGAGACAACUAUCCAAUUGAAGAAGGACACAGGAGCUUACAUUUUGGAUUAUUGAUUAACAUUUUUCUGGGCCAAUAACAUGAAGACCUGCUUUUGCCCACCGCGAUGGACAGUGGACAAACUUAAUGAAUGUUACCUUACCUUUGGACAGCACAGGGCUCCACCAGCACACAUGCACAAGGUUUUGAGGAAGGACAAGGGACAUGUGAAAAGAUUUGGCACUUAAAGUUCAUUCACUCACUUCCUCUUCGAACCAGCCAAUGGCCUUUUCUGUUAGGUUGCUGUAGCUGGUUUGGGACUGUUAUACACCCUUGGACUCUGCCUCUCGACUGAGGGAUUCUUAACCAUUAUUGCUAUUCAGUGGGAAUGCAGUUGGUGGGUGUUUGUGUGUGUGUGUUUUUAUGGAUCAUUAUAAUCCAGGUUUCGCCUGAAACAUUUCUUUAAAAUAUACUUUUUUUACAUUUUUGAUGUGUAUACUUGAAUGUUGGCCUAUUGUUUGGUUACAUGUUCAUUUAUUCUACAUGCUCAUGUUGUUUAGGAAUCCAUGCUGUCUUGUUCCUUAAGGCACCCUUCUCUUACGCUCUCCAAGAGUUGAAAUGCCAGAACGUGCCGUGCCAUAAUGCCUUUUUAUUCCUGCUAUUUUGGAAUCGGUCUCUUCAAUAAAUGUUUGCUCAGCAAUAACAAAACACAGUUUUGCUUCUACCUCACCUCAGACCUAUACACAACUGUCACUUUAUUGGGGUGGAAGGUCUACAAGAGAAAAUGCAUGCUGAAAGAAAACACAACGCUUUACUAUAUUUUCAAAGGCUCUAUAGAAAUUGAGCUAUCUGUGAACGCAAUACCUGCUUCAUAUUUUCCUGCUUCAUACCUAUGAUUCAUUUCCCAUUUUAUUUCCUAAACUCAUUGUUUGUCAGUGGAGGUAAGAUGGCUGUUGAGAUCCCAGUGAAUGAUGUAAGUGUGUUAACCAGGUCUUCAGAUGUGUCUUUGGAGGUAUGGGGAGGAGCUGCUGCCAGCAUGGAGCCAGCAAAUAGAGACUGCUGUAAUUCUCCCCAGGAUUUCACGCUCUCUGUCUCCCUCAGCCCUCUUUGAGAGAGUUCCUCUCCUCCAUCGCCUCACACUUAAUCUUGGGUUUCCCAUUAAACAGGAUCAUACAGGAUCAUACAGCGAACAUGAAAUAUACCCACUGUGUCGAACACUUAAUUAAAUAUUGAUUGCGGACUUAUAUGAAUUUACCACGUCAAGUCGGAGGCCUGCGUUUGAUGUGGAAAUUAGCUUGGAAAGCAGCACAUUUCUUGUGUUAUUUAAGUUCCAUCUCUGUGUGAGGCAGCUAUGCAUCACCAUGAAAUGAUGUCUAUAUACCCUUAGAGUCCUGUUUGACUGCCGUGCAUUGCAUCAAGGGGGUUCUUUCAUCUUAAUAUGGCAAAAUUUUACUUUUUUUUCUUUUGAGCUAUUUCAGUCUAAAACGCUACACAUUUUGCACUCUGAUGUAAAAAAAAUAUAUAUACACUGAACAAAAAUAUAAACGCAACAUGUAAAUUGUUGGUUUCAUGAGCUGAAAUAAAAGAUCCCCGAAAUUUUCCAUAAGCACAAAUUUGUUUACAUCCCUGUUAUUGAGCAUUUCUCCUUUGAAAAGAUAAUCCAUCCACCUGACAGGUGUGGCAUAUUAAGGUGAUUAAAGAGCAUGAUCAUUACACAGGUGCACCUUGUGCUGGGGGCAAUUAAAGGCCACUCUAAAAUGUGCAGUUUUGUCACACAAUUCCACAGAUGUCUCAAGUUUUGAGGGAGCAUGCAAUUGGCAUGCUGACUGCAGGAAUGUCCACCAGAACUGUUGCCAGAGAAUUGAAUGUUAAUUUCUCUUCCAUAAGCCGCCUCCAACGUCGUUUUAGAGAAUUUGUCAGUACGUCCAACUGGCCUCUGAACCAUAGAUCACGUGAAUUGGAACUUGUGGGAGAGCGGUUUGCUGAUGUCAAUGUUGUGAACAGAGUGCCACAUGGUGUCAGUGGAGUUAUGGUAUGGGCAGGCAUAACCUACGGACCACAAACACAAUUGCACUUUAUCGAUGGCAAAUUGAAUGCCCAGAAAUACCGCAAUGAGAUCCUGAGGCCCAUUGUGAGGCCCAUUUUUUUUUUUUAUGCAUCUGUGACCAACUGAUGCAUAUCUGAAUUCCCAGUCAUGUGAAAUUCAUAGAUUAGGCCCUAAUAAAUAUAUUUAAAUUGACUGAUUUCCUUAUAUGAACUGUAACACAGUAAAACCUUGAAAUUGUUGCAUGUUGAAUUUAUUUUUGUUUAGUAUAUGCUUAAAUGCUGUGCGUCUUUGACAAGCGCUGUAAGCUUGUUGCUGAAUGUUUCUCAAUAGAGAAAUUGCAUGGCAAACUGAAUAUUGACUGAACAUGGCAGGUUUCAGGUUGUUUUACAGUCAUUGUUAUUGUUUGGCUGCAUUUUGUAUAUAGACCAAAUAAAGUAUUUAUUAAAAUAA